GCCAAGCCCACGGCUGAGGCGCUCGCUCGUUCGCUCUCUCUCUCUCUCUCUCUCUCUCUCUCUCUCUGCCCGGUGACCAUGUCGUUCCCCAGCUUUGCGUGAAGGGUGAAGAGGAAAAUACUCGGCUGAUUUCCGUCUGGUUCUCUGCUCUAAGCCAAACAGCAGCGCAGUUGUGCGGCGACCAACGAUGGGGUCCAGGAUUAAGGAAAAUCCAGAGAAGGCAUUUGAAGUCUAUGCUGAAGUAACACAUCCUGAGUCCAGCAAUUCAGGAGAUCUGGUGGAUGCCUGUGCAGUUUUUGUAACUAAUUUGAUUCCUGACGACUUUUCUCAACCUUGUAUGAAGACAAAUGGCGUAAGACACUGCCUGACCUUGCGCACAAGGCGUCACUUCCAGAUCCUGAGGUGCGGAGGCAAUUCCCUGAGGACUACAGCGACCAGCCUUACAGUCAGCCAAGUUGGCCAGAACUUUACGUUUGUACUCACUGACAUUGACAGCAAGCAGAGGUUUGGAUUUUGUCGCUUAUCUUCUGGGGCCAAAACUUGCUUCUGUAUCCUAAGCUAUUUACCUUGGUUUGAAGUUUUCUACAAGCUUCUGAACAUCUUAGCAGAAUACACUGCCACAGGACAGGGCUGUCCAUGGAAGGAAUUACUGGAAACGCUAUAUAACCUUCCACUUCCAGAACCAGGUUCAACUGUUCAUUUGAGUGUGCAUUCAUACUUUACUACACCUGAUACCAGGGAACUUCCUAGUAUUCCUGAAAAUAGAAACCUGACAGAGUAUUUUGUAGCUGUAGAUGUCAACAACAUGCUCCAUCUUUAUGCCAGUAUGUUGUAUGAACGUCGAGUCCUCAUCUCCUGCAGCAAACUAAGCACUUUAACAGCCUGCAUUCAUGGGUCGGCAGCUAUGCUAUAUCCAAUGUUUUGGCAGCAUGUUUACAUUCCUGUCCUCCCUCCUCACUUAUUGGACUACUGCUGUGCUCCAAUGCCCUACCUCAUAGGAGUGCAUUCAAGUUUAAUGGAGAAAGUGAGGAAUAUGGCCUUAGAAGAUGUUGUGAUACUAAAUGUGGACAACAAUACACUGGAAACACCAUUUGAUGAUCUUCAAAGCCUUCCUAAUGAUGUGUUGUCAACACUAAAGAAUAGACUUAAGAAAGUGUCAACAACCACAGGUGAUGGAGUUGCUCGUGCAUUUUUAAAGACUCAAGCGGCUCUGUUUGGCAGCUACAGAAAUGCUCUGAAGAUUGAACCUGAGGAACCCAUAACUUUCAAUGAAGAUGUUUUUGUUUCACACCGCUCCAGUGCUAUGAGACAGUUCCUGCAAAAUGCCAUUCAACUACAGCUCUUCAAACAGUUCAUUGAUGGUCGACUAGAUCUCUUGAAUUCUGGGGAAGGGUUUAGCGAUAUGUUUGAAGAGGAGAUAAACAAUGGCGAAUAUGCAGGUGGAAGUGACAAAUCUUACCAUCAGUGGCUGUUCACAGUGAAGAAAGGAAGUGGAGCUAUUAUAAAUACAAUGAAGACAAAGGCGAAUCCUGCGAUGAAGACUGUGUAUAAGUUUGCAAAAGAUCAUGCAAAAAUGGGAAUAAAAGAGGUGAAAAAUCGUUUGAAGCAAAAGGAAAUGGCAGAAAAUGGCUACUCUGUGGCAGGUGACGAUAUCCAUCAAAAGAGUAUCACAUCCCCGCUGUCUGAGAAGAAAGAAGGCAAGCAGCGAGAGGACCGACAACCAAUAACCGUGCACUUUGGACAGCCAGAGAGAGUCCCUCCACCUCGCCCUCCUCCUCCAAAGAUAAACAGUGCUACUUUGCCCGCACGUCCUCCAAGGCCACCAGUUAAGAAACCAAGAAGUAAUGCAUUGCCAGUAGAGGCUCGAAUAUCCUCCAUUUCAAGCCCAGAACACAUCGUAAGACCCACACGACACUACACAGUCUUCCUUUCUGAGGAUUCCUCUGAUGAUGAACUUCACCAUGAAGAGGACUCUAUAUCUGCCUUCUCUGAAAGCUUUCUCUUCACUCCUUUUGAAUGGCCUCAGCCCUAUAAAACUUUAAAGGAAUCCGACAUAAUUGAUGGCGAAGUUUUGAGCACAGAGAAAAGGCAUGGGUCAACUAUCUUUCCCAGCCUCUCAGUGCCGGGUAGGAAUAUGGAUGUGAAUUUAUUGGAUGACAUUUUCAGCAGUAUAAAGGUAACCUCAAAGCACCAGCCCCUCAGCCAAGCCAAAAGUAUGGAAGAUCUGAGAACCCCUAAAGAGGAAGAAAUAGAAAACCCGUUCGGACACCAGUGGAAAGUAAUGAUGUCAGCUGAAAAGAGCAAGACCAAGUCAGUAGGACUGCAUCAUACUCUGCCUCAUACAAAACUUCGGAGCAUGGGUCAAGAUGACAUGGCUCUUAAUAUUAAGUCUAUCAAUGGGUCAUCACCUGGCAGCAUUCACUUUGGAAGCUUCUUCACUGAGAUUGGUGCAGAGGCUUUGAACAGGGAUGGUUCGCUGCCUACUUCAGAUAUAAUUGCAAGUGGGCAAGGCAGCAUCACAAUUCCAAGGCCUCACGGUAGGAAAUCUACAGAAAAGGGAAUAGUGCUUCCACCUCCAGUAGCUGUUAGUCGAGGAGUCAAACAGCAGGUAUUUCCUGGAGUUAAUCAAGUAUCAGCAGUAUUACAGGAUAGCUCCAAACAAGAUACAACUGUGUCCAGCACUGGCUCAGUUUCAGAAAUGUUACAAGAAUCAACUGGAACUGAAAAGAAACCCCAAGCACCAGACUUAAGACAAUCAUUGAAUUCAUCUCCUCAGCCUCUGUUAAGCUCACGUGCUGUUGACAUCCUGAAACCUAUUAAAGUCAGUGUGGAAAUGGAUAGCAGAAAUGAUCUUUUAAGUCUUCUGGAUCCGCUAAGUGCCGCUUCUAGUCUUGACAGGAGCCAAUCUCCAGUUUCCAAAUGUUCAUUAGCGCCUGCACCAUCCUUGUCUUCAACUCCUGCUCCUACUGGUUUUGUUGCACGAGGAACUGACCUUGGAAUAAGUACUCCGCCAGCCUCCUUACAAUUCAGCCAAACGCUAGGAUACUCAACUCCUAGCCCAGCACCAAUAGCUCAGUUUCCACAGCCACCGUCCUAUCCGUUUUCUCAAACAAUGCCAGCAGCUCUUCAGUUUCCUCCUACACAGCCCUCCGCAAGUCAUUUUGCUCCACCUGCAGCGUCUGCUUUUGUUUCCAGCUUUUUGCCUUCAAAUUCAGGUUUCUUCCAACCCCAAAUGCCUCAUAGGAACUAUUCAGCACCUUCCCUUCACCACUUAUAUAGUCAGCCUCUGGCUAUCCCUCAGUCCGGUACUUUUAUUCAGAAAAGUGCAAUCUCAGCAAGCCUAGGUGGUAUUAGCUACCCAAAAACAGCAGGAAAAGCAGGUACAACUGUGGCUGAAUCCAGUGCAGAGGCCGGUGGUGCUACAAAAAAUUUGACUGAGCCACCAUUAGUCCCACCAAAGCCUUCCAAAGGUCUUGAAAGAAUAUUACCAUCUAACCCUGGAGAGGCUCAAGAUCCAUUUGCAGAUUUGCUUAAUGCAACUAAGAAGGAACCAGCACCAUCACAAAGUAGAGUGGACCAGCUCAGGAGGAAAUGGGAGACCUUUGAAUAAAAGCAGAAAUCAAAAUGUUUGAAUAAUAGAGUGACAGUAGAACCUCUCUAUACUGCUGCCUUUGGGUGCUACAUGAAAAUGUAUUUGAUAGCAAGGGGUGCAUUAUACAAGAGCUGGUUUUUUCUGGUUUCUCUAAUGGCCGAAGAACCAUAAAAAAUGCAUAUUAUAUCCAAGAAUGUUAUAGUGAGGAGCUACUACGCUAUAUUUAAAACCUACAACAAGCCAUUUACCAUGGCUUGCAUGUGGUCUGUUCUGUUUGGUGAUUAAUUGUGACUUUUGCUGUUAUUUUCCUGUGAAGAGACACUCCAGAAAAAUUGCUGAAACUUGGAUUGAGGUUGCCUUGUUUUCUUGAUUUCUGAUUUUUUCUUUUUGUAAACUCAAAUGACGUCAUUGAUGUGUAAGUCACUGAUAUUAAUGUACUGAUAUUGCAAUCACCAUUUCUCAGCAUUGAAGCUAAACUUUUGCAUUACACUAUGGUCAUUAGGUACCACACCUUAUAGCUACCAACAUAGGUAUCACUUUUGCUACAUCUUUCAAUUGUAGUGCUUUUGAUUCUGUAAUAUUUUGAUAAUUAUACAGGAUGUCAUACAAUGAAUGCUAUAUUUAUCUACAUUUUAUCAAGCAUUCUGUGUUUCCCUACAUAAAGUAAAAACAAUGCCUCCUGAGCAUAAACUUUUUUUUGAAAAUGUUAAUUACGAUAAAGUAUUGUGGAAUUAAUGUAAAUACGUGUGGAUGAAACCAAAAAGGAAGCAAGGUAAUGCCAUAUACAGCUAUAUCCUGCAUUUCUCUUACAGCUCAGUGUUGCUGCUGUAAUUCAGUCUUGUUAGUAAAGUAUUUACACUGGCUUUGCUGUGAGACAGAUGCUGUGUCUAUUGAUUGUGCCUAGGCUAAUGGAUAAUUAGAUUUGUUUAAAAAAAAUCCACAGCUCUAUGUCUAAUGUACAGCUACUACUAGUGUUAUUAUUAAUGAGCAACUUUGACCGAGUAUUAUAAUUGUAGACAUAAUAUGCCUUGCAGUCCAAAUGGAGCAAAGCUCUUGCAGCCAUUCUAUAACUGGAAAUAAACGAUGCAAGCGUGUUCUUACCACUAGCUGUUCAAACAAAAGUACCAAUGCACUGGGCAAGAGGAAAUCGGAGUCUUGUGCUGAUUCAGGAGGUAAUCUUCAAAUUAUUAGGCACAUAAAUUAGAUUCUUUAUCUCUUAAAAGCCUUUUAACUCAUGGAGACUACUAAUUUCCACUUCUUGAUUUGCAUCGACAUGACAGUUCUCUUUUGGCUUUUUCCAAACAAGUUUGGUGAUGAUCAGAGGAAAAUAGUGACCUUGAACUUCCUCAGACCCUUAUAAAAACUUAUGCUCUAUCAUUGAUUUGACCAGAUUUUAACCCUUUUCAGUCUACUAUAGUUAAGUAUUACUUUGGUUACAUUAUGCCAAACAUUAAAGUUGCCUGAAAGGAAAUCUGAAAGAAUAAUCUAUUUUUGGGAAUCUCUGUUAAUCCCUGUACCUAAUUAGCAUUCAAAUUAAGACACUUUUGUUACAUUUUGAGAAGGGAAACCUUGUUAUUGCACCUGACAUUGCUUUUUUAAUGUAUUUUUCUUCUGCUCAAUGCUAAUGAAUUUGGAAGGACUCAUUCAGCUGGCAUUCAAAAAUUUUGUCUGACAUCAUUCUAAUUUUCUUGGAUGGUGCAGUUAGGUGAAAAGGGAUUAAAAGGCUAAAUUUGCAAUUUAAAAGCUAAGUAUUUCAAAUCAGAUUUUCCUUUGUUUCACAUUUGUAUAUUUUCAGUAAGUUGCAGAAACAAUGCAAUGUUGAUGAGAAAUAUUGCAUCUCUUAGGUCUGCAGCCUACUCUAGGUCAACCUGUUAUCUCCAAUAAUAAAUCCAAGCUGAGCUAAGUUUAUAAGUCAUUGGUAAGGGAGACUUUUCUCAGUUGUAGUAAACUUUAUUUAUAUUCUUGCAAGUGGAUGCAAUCACAAGUUACACAAGUAUCAGUUCUUAGAUUUGAUAAUAGUGACAAUUUCAGUAUUUAUAAAUGGUAUAUUUAUGUAUUACAAAUGAGCACCCUCUAUGCUUUAUCCUUUCCCCCAAUUUGACCUCGUUAGUUGAUAAUUUAAAGUUUCAGAUAUUGAGUCAUUUUUCACUUUUCCUCAGUAAGACUAGGUAGGACUGCUGGUACUGUUCCACUGCCACUUGUACAUCCGUUCCAACAGAAUACAAUUGUCUUCAAUUGUAGACAGUUCCGUUAAACUUUAGAAUUUAUUUUUCCCCUAGCUAUUUUCCAAUUAAUGGCCUUCCUGUACCCAAAAGGGUGAGGUGACUAAAUCACAUAACUCCAGCCUUGCCAUGCAAGAGAUAUCCACUAGGUGUGUAAAAGUAACAUGGUGACUCUCAUUUAUGCACAUGCACACACACCCUUGCCCAUGCACGGUUUCCUCAGUUAAAAACUUAGCGAGUGUCAUUACAUUUCAUUACACAAUCUCUACCCCAAACCGGUUCCAAUCAUUUAUAGGGUAAGGGUCAAAGUAGGAUUGUGGUCACUGCCAGAACAUGAAACAGGCAGCAUAAAAUAAAGGCAUUUAAACAAUUACAUGGUCAGUAUAUAAAGUACAUUGGUCUUUCCGAUAUAACUUCAUAUUCUGAUUUAUUGAGAUUUUCCUUUUUAAUUGGUUGUCAAGCCCAAGCAAUAUCCAACUUUUAACAUUUUUUCAUUUUUAUAUUCUUUUUCACCAGGUAUUUUCACACACACUGCUCAAGAAGCUUGAAGCACUAAUUGAUCAUUCUUGUAAUCAAUGGCUGCUAGUAACACAAACAGCCAAACCUUCAUUUUAAUUUAAUUACAGAAGUUGCAAUUGGGAUUUUUGGUAGCUUUAAACAUUAAUAAUUUUUGUGAAGUUGGUAGAAUGCCCAAAUAUUAAAGCUAGAAAUUAUGACACAAAGUCACUCUAAGACAAACAUGUAGUUAACUGCCCAGUGUUUUGCUGUUAGUGUUUUACAUUGCAUAUUUUGCACUGGAACAUUGGUAUGUGAUGAUAAAAAUGGGAGUAGCUUUGUUGGCAUGGAUACUCUGAAAUUGUACAAAGAGUUUGCCUUCUUGGCCAAAAUUGUUUCCUGUACAUUAUCAGCACACAAAAUAGCGAUAAAAAUGUAUUCCGUUUUAGGUUUAAGAACUAGCUAUUGUGGCCAUAAUAAAACUUUCAUGGUUCGUGAAACCACAAAAGGUUAAGGUGCUACAGUUCAGUACAGUUUGCACAUUUAUAUACAGAUUAUUGUUUCUUUCUAUCCACACUUAAUGUAGAUACAUAUUAAAGCAAGGAGUCAGUGUGAAAAGCUCUCUUCUCAAAUUAAACUUUAUAGAAGCUUCCAGAUAAAUAAUUGAUCUUAAGGAACUUCUAUACAUGCUAUAAAAUCUGAGGUACUUACAAAGGUUAGAUUGCUGUAACAAGGCAGAAUUUAAAUGUUUCAAAUAGACUUUACAUUCUAAAUAAUUUAAAAUUUACUUUUGGGAAAUCCAGCUUAAUGGGUAAUUCAAUGUUAUUGCAGUCACAUUUGUUAGUUAUCACAUAAGCUGUGGUACAGGCACUUCCUGAGGGUUAGGAUUCCUUAUUAACUCGUGCCUCAAACAUUUGUGGAAUGUACAAUGCUGUGAUAGUCUGAAACUGAGAUUAUACACAAACUAAUGUCUGUGUUAGUGAACCUGUUACAUUUACCCUAAAUUUUUGCAGUAAUCCUUACUGAUAGCAGCAAACCCCUGGCGUUGUACAAUAUGAUGUUGGAGGCCCUAGCUUGUUUUGGGAUUCUUGUCAAAGCUUAUACAUUGCUUUAGUAACUUGGCCAAAUAAGUUGCUGCUAAAUAGUUAUACCAAGUUUCUGGAGAUAUUGUAAAGAAUAUCUCUGUUACAGCAGUGCUUGUCAGGUAUGCAGUUUUGUUCUAUGCAGCUAAUUCUAUUUUAAUAUAUUUGUCAGUAAUACCGUGGAUGCAUUUUGUGAAUUGAAUUUGAAAGUGUGCAGUCAAAACAUUCAGUUCUUCCCUGAAGGGUUUACUUAACAUAUUUAACAACAGCAAAGCAGAUUUAAUAAGUGACUGUGAUAGUUUUUCCAUUGAGUUUCAAUCUAGACUGACUGCAGAUAUAAAUAUAUCUACAGUGAAUUUCCGCUGGCAUUGGCAUUAACCAAUAGCUAAUAUGCGUUUAUUUGUGACUGGAGUUAUAGUACAUCUAGUAUUUGUAGCCAAGGCCUCAGUGACACUUUAAUCUUAAUAACUGCUAUUAGCAGUGUUUCCUCAAGUAUUAUGGAGUGCCCAUGGUUUUUAUAUUUAAGGAUCUAUUAUUUUAUCGUAGAAGCUUACUGACACUAUAAUUAUCAGUUCAACAUUUUUCAAAGAUCCAUUCAGGAACAUAAAAAUAUGCCUGAUGUUCGGUGUGAUUCAUUCAUUCAAAAAAAAAGUGUAAUUAAAGUUAUUCCAAAAAUGCAAAAGGCAGAUUAUUUAAGCAUUUGUCAGGCUUCUAUUCCCCCUGGGCUUCAAGAGUUCUUUAUUCGUGGCUACUUUCCCAAAGUUGGUUGUAUAUACAGGUUUCUGCAUUUUUCUGUCCAAAGACACUGUUUUGUUGAUUUCUGAAGAGGAUUGGAAUCAAAGAUAUAUAGAUAUUGGAUCACUGCACGUUUUACUACUAGUAAAAAUUGUAUAGCACAGAAACAGCAGGGCUGAGAUUCAGUGCAAUAUUAUUUUUGUGUUCUGUUAUUGGUUCUGACUCAUACGACUGUGAACAAAUGACUUUUGUAAUUAAGAUUGUGGAAUGGAAUUGUAAACUGACAGAGUGAUGCCAUGGGACUCGAAAGUAAUAAAAGUAAUGAUUCUCCUG